AUGAACCGAUUAUUCGGAAGAGGUAAACCUAAAGAGCCUGGACCAAGUAUUGCGGAUUGUAUAAACAAUGUCGAUGGCAGAGCUAACAAUAUCGAAGAAAAAGUCACUAAACUGGAUGCAGAGCUUAGGAAAUACAAAGAUCAAAUGAAUAAAAUGAGAGAGGGUCCAGCAAAAAAUUCUGUGAAACAAAAGGCUAUGAGGGUAUUGAAGCAGAAGAAAAUGUAUGAACAACAGCUGGAGAAUCUUCGAGCACAAUCAUUCAACAUGGAGCAGGCAAACUAUGCCACUCAAACUUUGAAAGACACACAUACCACUAUUACAGCCAUGAAGGAUGGAGUAACCCAAAUGAAGAAAGAAUUUAAGAAAAUUAAUAUUGAUAGUAUUGAGGAUGUUAAUGAUGAUUUGGCUGACAUGUUGGAACAAGCAGAUGAGGUGCAGGAAGCACUCGGCCGGCAGUAUGGUGUGCCUGAGAUUGAUGAUGAUGAGCUUGCUGCUGAACUAGAUGCACUUGGUGACGAAAUAGCUCUUGAUGACGAUGCGUCGUACUUAGAUGACGUUGUAAAGGCUCCGGCUGCCCCUGACAAGGAACCGGGUGCAGACAGUGUCCUGGAUAUUAAACCUACAACAUCCACAGGGUCACCCACACAAAAUCGCCUAUGGGAUAAAAAUAAAGAAGUUUCGAAGUUAUAG